GGCCGGCGGCCAGCGGGGGCCCCCUUGGUGGAGGCCAGUCCUGUGGUUGGUUGGCGGCAGUCGUUGUAAAGGAUCAUAAAGUGGGGCGGCGCCUGGCAGGGGCGAAGGUCGCCCAGGCAGAGACUGCGCCAGCAACACAGCCGCUCAGAGGGUCCCAGACGCCAGACGGGCCCACAGCCUCCCCCGGGGCCGCCCACCUGCCGAGAUGGUGACUUGGGCCCUACUGCUUCCUCUGCUCGUGGCCGUGGCCCAGGCCCAGGGUACUGGGGGCAGUGGCAGAGGGGCGGGGCGGCAGGCAGGGUGCUGGCAGGCACCGACCCUUCCUCUCCAACUUCCAGUCUGCUCUGUGGAAAAGACCUCCUUCGAAGUCGGUGAGAACACGAGUCCCGGGCAGCUACUCCUCAACAUCACCGUCCCUGAGGGCCAGCAGGUGACCCUCGGACCCUCGUCCACCCGUUUCGCAUUUCGGAUCCAGGGGACUCAGCUGUUUCUCAAUGUGACCCCGGACUACGAGGAGAACUCAAUGCUGGAAGCAGUCCUGGAGUGCAAGAGGGAUGACACUGUGGUGACCAGCCUGAGGGUGUUUGUGUCAGUGCUGGAUGUCAACGACAACCCGCCCAGGUUCCCCUUUGUAGUCAAGGUCCAAAGGGUGCCGGAGGACACUAAAGUGAAUGCCGUCGUCAUCCCCGAGACAGAGCUGAAGGCCCAGGACCUCGACAAAGAUGACAUCCUGUUCUACACCCUCCAGGAAGUGACCCCGGGUGCCAGCGGCUUCUUCUCUUUGGUGGGCGCGAACCGCCCAGAGCUGCGGCUGGACCGGUCACUGGACUUCGACAGGUGGCCGAAUAUGACCUUCCAACUGCUGGUCCGGGACACGCGAGAGGAGAACGCGGAGCCCAGCCACACGGCCACAGCCACCUUGGUCCUGGAGGUGCAGCCCGCCGACCUGCGGGCCCCCUGGUUCCUGCCCUGCACAUACUCUGACGGUUUUGUCUGCGUCGAAGCCCAGUACCACGGGGCUGUGCCCACAGGCCACACACUGUCAGGACCCCUCAUCCUGCAUCCUGGGCCCAUCUACGCUGUGGACGGGGACCGGGGCAUCCAUCAGCCCAUUGUGUACAGCAUCAUCAGGGGAAACGAGGAUGGCUCGUUCUCCAUUGAUGCCAACACAGGCAACCUCACCAUGACCAAGAGCAUCCCCAGCCCCAAGACCUUCCUUCUGCUGGUCAAGGGCGAGCAGGCGGAUCACGCCAGGUACUCGGUGACCCAGGUCACAGUGGAGGCCCAGGCCGCCAGCGGGAGCCCGCCCCGCUUCCCCCAGAGCCUGUACCGUGGCACCGUGGCGCUCGGCUCUGGGGUGGGCGUGGUCAUCAAGGAUGCAGCUGCCCCCUCCCAGCCUCUGAGGAUCCGGGCCCAGGAUCCUGAGUUCCCAGACCUCAACUCGGCCAUCACGUAUCGGGUCACCAACAACUCUAACUUCAGAAUGGACGGGGAGGCCAUGCUGACUGGCGCUUCACUGGUGCACGCCGGGGUCUUCUAUGCAGAGGUUGAGGCCAGGAACACGGUGACCUCAGGCACAGCGACCACGGUCGUGGAGGUUCAAGUCUCAGAACAGGAACCCGCCCCCACAGGUCCUGGGGGGCCCCAGGAGGACCUGCGCUUCUCGGUGGUGGAUAUGGCGGCGCUGGGCGGGGCGCUGAGCGCGCUGUUCCUUCUGGCUCUCAUCGCCCUCAUAGUCCUCGUCCACAAGCACUACGGCCACCGACUCAAGUGCUGCUGUGGCAAAGCGCUGGAGCCCCAGCCCCAAGGCUUUGACAACCAGGCCUUCCUCAACAACCCCGACGAGGCCAGCUGGGCACCGGCUCCUAGCCCCUCAUCCAGUCCCGUCCCGCCGGCUCCCCCAGAGCCUGCACCCCCAGAACCCAAGCCCCCCAGCCUGGAGACCCUCCGCCGAGUCGCCGAGUCCCCUACGGUAGCCCUGGAUGGGGACGGCCCGGCUGCUGUGAGGUCCAUCCUGACCAAGGAGCGGCGGCCUGAGGGUGGCUACAAGGCGGUGUGGUUCGGCGAGGACAUCGGGGCCGAGGCCGACGUGGUGGUCCUCAACACGCCUGCCUCGGAAGUGGACGGUGCUGGCGACGAGGGCAGCGAGGGCAGCGGCGACGAGGGCGCAGAGGCGGGCCUGCGCGGGGGUGCCCAGGACGCGCCUCGCUCCGACUCCAUCUACCUCUAGUGUGGCCGCCCCUCCUCUCCCGACGAGUCUGGAUCACUGGAGUCGGCUUGCUGG